AUGAAGCUGUCCAUCUCGGCCACGGCCGCCCUCCUCCCCGGUGCCCUCGCCCAGGGCAUGCUCCGUUUCGGCUGCUCGCAGCUCGUCAUCGAACGCAUCGACCCCAUUGUCAACCCGGGCCAGGAUCCGUCGUCGCACACCCACCAAGUCGUCGGCGGGAAUUCGUUCAACACUACGAUGGACCCGGCCAACCACGACCCGCCGGCCCUGUCCACCUGCACGUCCUGCACCUACAGCGAAGACUUUUCCAACUACUGGACCGCCAGCAUGUACUUUAAGAGCCCCGAGAACGGCUCCUACCGCCUGGUGCCGCAAAUGGCAAACUACCGCAACCGCAACAGCCCCGAGCUGCUGCAGCAGCAGGGAGGCCUCACCGUCUACUACAUGCAGCCCUUUGGCGGCGCCAGCAAGACCACCGCCUUCAAGCCCGGCUUUCGCAUGAUUGCCGGCAACCCGGCGCUGCGCUCCAGAGCCGGCACGGCCCCGGGCAUCUGCCACCGCUGCAACGGACAGGCCGAGCUCAACGGCCUCGGCGGCGUCCCCUGCGACAGCGGCGACUCGUCCAGCUUCCCGGCCACGCCCUGCCCCGGCGGCAUCCGCGCCACCAUCAUCUUCCCCUCCUGCUGGGACGGCAAGACCCUCGACAGCCCCGACCACCAGAGCCACGUGGCCUACGCCCCCGGCGGCCGCGCCCUGGCCAACGCCGACUGCCCCGCCUCGCACCCCGUCCGCGUGCCCCAGGUCAUGUACGAGGUCAUGUGGGACACCCGCCCCUUCAACGACCCCGCCUACUUUGCCGGCGGCCGCCAGCCCUUUGUCUACUCCUUUGCCGACGCCACCGGCCACGGCCAGCACGGCGACUACCUCUUUGGCUGGAAGGGCGACGCCCUCCAGCGGGGCAUGGACGCCCUGGGCACCAACGGCUGCACCAACGACGUGUGCAGCACCGCGCUCAAAAUCCAGUCGGGCGCCGACGCCAUCGCCUGCACCAAGGCGUCGCAGACCGGCGAGGAUGUCGGCCGCCAGGGCGGCUGGCUGGCCUCUCUGCCGGGGUUUUCCGACAAGGAGGCGAUGUGA